GUUAGGCCCCUUCUUAAUUUCGGUCUUCCACGAAAAAAUCGUCACGUGACAACUGAGAAGGCCCGGCGAGGGGUGGGGAGGGGUCAUGUCAAUCAUGUCGGCGAGGUAAAAAGGUCAGGAUUGAUUGACAGCUGAAUUGGACGACAGUUCGGUACCUGUGUGAGCUGGCUGCGCGCGGGAAAAAAAAGUCGUCCGGGGACCGAAACCCUUGUCAACAAGAUGGCGUUCGGUAUAAAGGGCGCGGGGCGGGCUAGCUGCUGAGAAAAUUUUUCCGGAGAGAGAGCGAGAGUUUCGGCAACUUUUCCGCCGCCAUGGAGCAAAGUUUCGCGAUCCUCUACUCUUCCCCGCGUCCCGCCCACACCGAGGGAAUCCCUGAGAAGCCGCAGCAAUGCGGGGACACCCCCUCUAAGGGGAUUCCCGGGCGGCUCGGUCGGGCGGGGGCGGGCGUGUUGUUGUCCCCGCGGCACGUGUGCGGUGUUGUGGUGGCGGUGAGCCUGCUCGCCGCUGGCCUCUGCGCGCUGUACAUGAAGUGCGCGCGGCUAGAACAGGCGGUCAGGGACAGCCAGAACCGUAUUGAACACCUCAGCGGGCUCGUGCAGACACUUGUUAACAUUCGGGAGCAGGAAAUGGGCAUAAAAUUGGAACCUGGCAUGGCGACGACGCCUUCAAAAAACCUCGACGCAUACCUGCAACAGAAUGCAGAGCCAAGACAUACUGAAGGGUACGACGAGCUGCCUGUUUCGGCGAGACGAAGAAGACAAUUAUUGCAAGUCUUCGCAGCCCCUCCCCCAGACCCGCGUCUAUCCCAGUUGAAGCGGAAAAUGAGACGAGGUGCACCGGGCGCCAACCGCGUGUCGGGGCCCACCGUUCUCGUUCCCGGGUCCCACACCGUCGUUCCCGGGCCGCAGGGUCCCCCCGGGCUGCCGGGCGUGUCGGGGCUGCGGGGCCCGCCCGGGCCCCCGGGGAAAUGCGCGUGUGGAGGGGACCCCCGGGAGAGGGCCAUGGCAGACGGCCCUCCCGGCGUGACGUCACACCAUCAUCAGGACCACCAUUUCCAGUCUGCUCACGUGACCUUACAGCACAGCUCGACCCAACAGCGCCCCUUCACUAUGAGCGACCCAGUGUUCCAGUGGGCCGACAACUCUCCUCCCCAGACCCACAACUACUUCUCGUUCCCAGAGCACAAGUACAUCCACAUCACGGUGUCGGGAACGUACUAUGUCUACAGUCAGAUGACGUACUACUACCAUCCGCAUAACCUGAGCGAGUCGCAUAACCCGUAUAUCGGACACCGCACGGUCCGGAUUCCGUGUUACCAGGAACGUGACGACAGUUGUGAAGCAAAGACUACCCUUAUGGAGAGCGUGCACACUACAAAAGCUGAGUUGAACUCUAACGGAAAUCCGAUAGCAGACCAGGAGAGCCGGUAUCACGGAGGGGUUUUCGAACUCUGGGUUCACGACAGGAUACAGGUCGAGCCCCUGACCCUCCGCCAUGACUACAGCGUCGCUAGGGAACUGUCGUUCUUCGGCGCCAUGUUCCUGGCACCGGCCACCGAGGGGGACGACGGGGAACCGCCGCAUUAGUAACGCAUC